UGAUGCAACCAUGCACUUUGAACUGCACUUUUAGCACUUCUUUAUGGAAAAAUGACUUGGAUUUCUCCAGCUCCAGCAAGGUGUUUUCAGGCAGCGUUGAUUCUGCUAUAUGUAUCAGCUGGAAGUAUUGCAGAACUGGAGAGAGGCUGUCCUUGUGACAAGCCUGAGCUCUGUGAGCCAAUCACACACACUCCUGCCAAAGAGGUGGUGGGCUUUGUCGUUAAUCAGGACAAUUGGAUGAAGUAUAACUGGACCCAUCUCACCACCCUAAUGAUGUUCACUGACUUGCCUACCAACCUCAUGUGUCACGCCCAUUCACUUGGGGUUCGCAUAGUCUUGGGUGGUCUGAAUGGUUUCAGUGUGGCCAACCUGACCAACUCCACUGCUCGCUCCACCUGGAUCAAAGACCAGCUGGCACUAGUACAAUCCUCCUAUGCAGACGGCAUCAAUCUGGACAUAGAGGCGCCUGUGAAGAAUGGCAGCUUAGAGCAGAAGCUACUCACUCUGUUUGUGCAUGAGGUUUAUCAGGCAUUCAAGUCGGCCAACAAGAAUUACCAGGUGACGUAUGAUGUUGCCUGGAGCCCAAACUGUACUGACGGACGAUGCUAUGAAGUUGAAAAGUUUGCGGAUAUCGUAGAUUUUCUUAUAGUAAUGUCUUAUGAUGAGCAAAGUCAGAUAUACGGACCUUGUGUAGCUAGUGCGAACUCUCCCUUACCAAAAACUGAGCUUGGGAUCAAACAGUAUCUGGAUCUUGGAAUCAGCCCCAGCAAACUGGUACUGGGACAGCCAUGGUAUGGGUAUGACUAUCCGUGUAUCGAUGUCAGGCCUGGAGAUGUCUGCUAUAUCAAGAAAGUUCCGUUCCGUGGAGUACCUUGCAGUGAUGCGGCAGGUUCACAACACAACUAUGGUUCCAUUCGUCAGCUCAUUAGGGAGGACCACAUCACUGUGCAAUGGAAUGACACAUUCAAAGCCCCAUUCUUUCAACACCAGAUAACCAAUAUUAUGCAUCAGUUUUGGUUUGACGACCCUCCAAGCCUCUCUCUCAAGUACUCAAUGGCUGCACAACACUCCCUCAAAGGACUAGCCUUCUGGAACGUGGACUCUUUAGACUAUUCAGAUGAGCCUCAUGGACGCAAGGACACGGAGGAAAUGUGGACAGCCAUUGAUGCUUUUUUUAGUAACUGAUCAAACUUCAUAGCAAGUGCUUCAAUUUUUAUUGGUCAUGCAACUAUAAUUCAACUGCCAUACAGUACAUGUACCUAUAAUUAUAACUUUUUGAUGUAUCAAAAAUUAUAUGUCUUCUUCAA